AGCUCCAGGACUCGCCACCCGCAGCGCUCAGGCUCCACUCUCGUCAGCGCCGCAGCGAUGGAUGGAGAUGGUGAUCCAGAGAGUGUGAGCCACCCCGAAGAGGCGAGCCCGGAGGAGCAGCCUGAGGAGGCGGGCGCCGAGGCGAGUGCGGAGGAGGAGCAGCCCAGGGAGGAGGAGGAGGAAGAGACAGAGGCCGUGGAGUACCUUGCCGAGUUGCCUGAGCCACUGCUGCUGCGCGUGCUGGCAGAGCUGCCCGCUACGGAGCUAGUGCAAGCCUGCCGCCUGGUGUGCCUGCGCUGGAAGGAGCUGGUGGACGGCGCCCCACUGUGGCUGCUCAAGUGUCAGCAGGAGGGGCUGGUGCCUGAGGGCAGCGCUGAUGACGAGCGGGACCACUGGCAACAGUUCUACUUUCUGAGCAAGAGGAGGCGCAACCUGCUGCGUAACCCGUGUGGGGAAGAGGACUUGGAGGGCUGGUGCGACGUGGAGCACGGUGGGGACGGCUGGAGAGUGGAGGAACUGCCCGGAGACAGUGGGGUGGAAUUUACCCACGACGACAGCGUUAAGAAGUACUUCGCCUCCUCCUUCGAGUGGUGUCGCAAAGCGCAGGUCAUUGAUCUGCAGGCUGAGGGCUACUGGGAGGAGCUACUGGACACCACCCAGCCCGCCAUCGUGGUGAAGGACUGGUACUCGGGCCGCACGGAUGCCGGCAGCCUGUAUGAGCUCACUGUGAGGCUGCUGUCGGAGCAUGAAGAUGUGCUGGCGGAGUUCAAUACGGGACAGGUGGCUGUGCCAGAGGAUGGCAGCUGGAUGGAGAUCUCCCACACUUUCACCGACUACGGGCCAGGCGUCCGCUACGUCCGCUUCGAGCACGGAGGGCAGGACUCGGUCUACUGGAAGGGCUGGUUCGGGGCCCGGGUGACCAACAGUAGCGUGUGGGUGGAACCCUGAGGGACCUCCCCUAUCCCCACCAUCUGCCCUCUAGGGCAGAAUCCUGGAGUAGAAUGGCCUUAAUUUAGUUGGUAGCGUCCUCACCUGCCUCGUCUACGCCUUGCACCUGCCUCUCUCCCGCCCCUUCCUCCAGUCUGGUCCCCGAGGGGAGAGAAGGAUUUGUUGCUUUUACUGUGGGAUGGCUUCCAUUUGCAUCCCCAUGGGCAGUCGCUUCUAGAAUGUACGAUCCGAUCCGAGGGGGGAAUGGGGCUGCUGCUGGAUCCCGCGCACCUAGCAUUGUGCCUGCCUCAGAGUGGGCACUCAAUAAAUAUUUGUCCAAAGAAGGCAACAAUGGAAGCGCAGAUG